UCCAUCGUCCAUCGACGACACCAGUUAAACGAUACCGAUGUCCUGGACGUCUCUCCUGACUUUACCCACCGACAUCUUCCGCGUCCCACCCGUGUCAGAGAGACUUCCAUUCGAUGGGUACACACUUCUCGCGUACACAUUACCUCCAUGUCUUGCUUACCUUGUCGUCGCACUCUUGGUCAUUCUCCCCGGAACCCGUAUGCUACGUAUAGCACUGUGGCCACUCAUCGCUCUCCUGGCUUUUCGUGCUGCCGUUUACGUAGAUUUUACAGGUGGGAAUCCUCAGCGGACGGUUUUGAAUCUUGACUUUGCGCUCCUCAUGUUCAGCUUCGUCAUCCGCAUGCUCGAAUGGACACUCCAAAAGGACCCGCUCAAACGGCACCUCCGACCUUCUGGUUCCUCCCCAUCAAUUUUCAUGGAUGCACUUGACCUCUCCACCAACUUGCGUGGCGUCGGUUGGAAUUGGUCCAAAAGCCUACGUUUCCCUCCUGACAAACGUCCCACUUCACGCCUAUGGUUCAUAAUAUACAUCCUUCUCUCCGCUUGGUUUCACCGUUUCGUUUGUGGCGUAAUUCACCUUGCUGUACAAGCGUUCUCGCCCGAGACUUUCACUGUUCUAAGCGGAGGCACCAUCUUUGACGCCACACUUCCCCUUCUGAUCCGAUACAUCCGAUCCAGUAUCCUUUCCGUCCUCGUUGCAUUUGCUAUCUACGCAGUCAUGCAAAUGAACUAUGACAUUGGUACAUUCUUCGGCGUCACUGUGUUGCAACAAGACCCUGCGCAGUGGCCUCCUGUAUUCGACAAACCUUGGAAAGCAGACUCGUUGCGCGAUUUUUGGGGCUAUAGGUGGCAUCAAUUGUUCAGGCGGACAUUUAUCGUAGUUGGUGGGUGGCCUUUGGGGUCUCUAUUCGGACAUAUGGGAUAUGUGGUUGGAACCUUCCUUGGAUCGGGGAUUUAUCACAACAUCGUGGUAGUCAUGAUCAAUCAGAACGUCGAAUGGUGGUGCAUGAUCCUCUCGUUCGGAAUGAUGGGUGUCGGCAUCAUCUUCGAGCAUGUGUUCACACGGAUGACGGGACGGCAAGUGGGUGGGUUGAUGGGGAGAGUGUGGACGAUGGCUUGGUUGUUGGUGUGGGGGAGCGUCAUGGUGGAUGGGUUUGCGCGAGCAGGGAUGUUUGCAUCGGCGAGCGUGUUUGAAACUGCAGUUCCUGCAAAGGGCAUCGUAGAUUACUAUGUGACGGGGUUCGAUGGCUGGUUGAAAGCGUGCGCCUCGUAGUGACGAUAUUUGCUGGUAUACCUUCUUUAUUUGGAAACUUUAGAUAUUCCAGCAUAUUUUGGCUCACCGAAAGGCAUUCAAUGUAGAUCAUUUCCCCGGAGUUGCAAAAACCAGCUUUGCACGCCGGUGGGAACUUUUGCAACUCUGUCCCAUUUUUAAUUCUUUGCACCGGCAUGGCUCUGGCACUUUUUUUACUUUUAUGUAUGAGCUAUUGUCGAAGCAUUUCUAGAUUUUGCAACUCGGGCGGACAAUAGCAUUGAUCUGGAUAUGAAGACUUACGAGCACCAGCGUCAAAUCACAGGCACGAAUCCCACGAUCGGUGCCUGGGUCAGUGCUAAUCAACUUCC